AUGUCGGACAGCGAAGGAGAUGAAAUGCAGCAGUUGGUGGCCUCGUUGAAGCUCUUUCAGAUCAGCUACUAUUGCCAGAUCGCGGCCGUUGCCCUACUUGUAUAUGAUCACCUGCUUACAUUCGCGGGUGAGGUUCACUUUGUGUGGAGCCGCAAAUUCUCCGGCGCGACAGUAGUGUUCGCCCUGAACCGAUGCAGCUCGCCUAUCAUCAUUGUCAUGAUCUUGACGGUGCUUGCAUACUUCAUCACUGCCACACUUCGUGUCUAUGCGAUAUGGGAUCGCAACUGGAAACCCUUCACGUUGGUCAUGCUUGUGGCCAUCGUCACACCUACAACAAACAUUUACCAAUAUGCACGGUCAUUCCCUGCUGCAGAGACAUUCCCGUUCUGGGGUUGUGGCGAGGACGUUGCGCUCUCAGCAGCUCAGUUCGCGAAACUGUCCAUCGUUACCCAUAGUUGUGCCAUUGCGGCGGAUCUACUUGUCCUCGUUCUGACAUGGAUCAAGACGUACGAAAUCAAGAAGAUCGCCAGCGAUCUAAAGCUGCAAAUGUCUCUUUCAUCGCUCAUUCUGCGCGACGGUACCCUUUACUUCGUUGUGCUACUCAUCUUGAACGUCGUCGACCUGAUCAUCAACGAGAGCGACGCUCUCUUCAAUCCCAUGCCGGAAUUCAUCGAUGUGUUCACUUGCAUAUUGAUCUCCCGCUUCAUGCUCAAUCUACGCGAGGUUGCCCACACUCCAGAAGGACCAGCUGGACGGCGCAAUACAACGAUUGCGCUCUCUCAGUUCACUUCGAUUGAAAUCGCUCGCCCGGACGUCAUUGGAGACCUUGGGGCACCGCUCACCUAUGACACUCACAUGACGGGGACGACCAAUGUCACGAGGAGUGUUGACUUGCUCACCAGCUCGUGCGCGUUGGAGUCGCACACAGUAGAUGAGCACAAUGUUGCCGUUCUACAUGAGAAGGGCGGGCCUCUAGGUGCAGGGCUACUGGAGAUCGGCCGUCCCGACAGCAUGGCACGCGAAUUCAUGUCAAUAGACGAGCCAAAGUAUAAAGCUACUUACUACUAUGUCUCCGUAUUCGACUAUACUAUACGGGUCGGAAUAGGAGCAUUCGAUCGACAACAGCAGUCCAAACGCGGCUUCGCUGAGCUCUCGACCGAGCUUUCCCAAGGACAGGUCGAGCACCUCCACCUCCAGCUUGCCCAAUUCCGCAGCGCCCUCGCGCACUACGCGUCGACGCACCGCGACCGCAUCCGCAAGGAGCCCUCAUUCCGCCAUGCGUUCCAGCAGAUGUGCACGACCGUCGGCGUCGAUCCGCUCGCGGGACCCCGCAAGGGCGGCUGGUGGGCGGAGAUGCUCAACCUGGGCGACUGGCAGUACGAGCUUGGCGUGCAGAUCGUCGACGUGUGCGUGAGCACGCGCGAGCGGAACGGAGGGCUGAUUGAGAUGAGCGAGCUGAUCCGACUGGUGAGCAAGCUGCGGGGAGUGGGCGGGGACGUGAUCACCGAGGACGACGUCCUGCGGAGCAUCAAGACACUCAAGCCGCUUUCUGCGGGAUACGAGGUCAUCGACGUCGGUGGGGGGAGGAAGAUGGUGCGGAGCGUGCCGAAGGAGCUGGAUGCUGAUCAGGCAGUCGUGCUUGCCGUUGCGCAGGAGGAUGGCGGCCGGGUCUCUGAACAGGUUCUGGUGGCGCGCAGGGGUUGGACGCAGGAGCGUGCGCGGGCCGCGCUAGAGAACAUGCUUCUGCGCGACGGUCUCUGUUGGCUGGACGAGCAAGAUCCAGAGUAUGGAGUCUCAUAUUGGGUGCCAUCAGCCAUGCGCUGGGACGAGUGA